GAAAAACAGUUAACCAAGCUAAUAAGUUGAUAUCAAAUCCAGAGUCUUGGACAAGCCAACUCAUACAUGACCAGUGACUUAAAUAAGUCAACUUAAAAGCAUGAGUAAUAAUAACUUAAUUUUCAAACCAUAAGCAUUUAAUAUAAGGGUCUGUUUGGUUGGAGGAAUGGAAAAGUGAGAGGAUGGAAAAUUAGUGGGAGGAUAGAAAAAUAGGAGGACAGAAAAGAUUUGGUUUUCUCUCAUGUGUGUUUGGUUGGAGGGGUGAAAAAGUGGGAAGGUGGAAAACUUUCUUUUUUUUUUUGGAGAAAAAGUUGAGGAUGAAAAAUGUAGUUUAUAUAAAUUGAUUAUUAUUUCCUUGUUAUAUAAUAGUGGGAAAGUGAGACGGGUAGGUGAGUAUAAUGAAGUGGAGGUAUUUGUCUAAAAUGUAUUUCUCAUCACUUUUCCCUCCUAAUUUGGGAGGAUAAAAAAAGUGGGCCCAAGAGGGAAAACUUUCUCCCUUAUUUUCUGUUUCUUCUAUUUCCUUUCUCAACCAAACAAUGGAAAAUAGCAUUUUCUACCAUAUUUUCCUCUCUCUAUUUUCCAUCCUCCUUGUUUUCACCCCAACCAAACACACCUUAAAGGUUAUGUUAGCAUGUGCUUUUAAAAUAUUUGUCAUUGAACUAUUUUAAGAAAGUUUUAAUACUAAUUUAAUCAGAAAUAUUAAAAGUUAUCAAAAAAAAUUUAUUAUUUUUUUUCUUUUUCCAUAAAUUAAAAAAAAAAAAUGGUUCCUAACCUGUUAACUUUUCCCAUAAUAUAAAGGAAAGACUUGACCAAAUGUAUUUUAACAAGACACAUUAGCAAGAUUUAGGAAUUGAAAAAAAAGGGUGACGAUAUGUGAAAGUAAGAGGAUGACGUUAUGUAAAAUUCUGAACCCAUGCCACUCACAGAGAGAAUAAAAUGAUACAGUAUUUGAAAAAGUCCUAUCCAUGCGUGGGCCAUGCAAAAGUGUCAUGUCUUCUUUAAUUUUGUCAUAUUAUGCAAAGUUGAAGUUGAUCAGAGUAUGCUUUAUGUUAUACAUACAUACUUCAAGUAUCAAUUCUGCUGUUUUAUGCAAAAAUUAAUUCCACUAUCAAGCUAAUAGUAACUUUGCAAGAGCCUAGAGGAAACAUCAACAUCAAGAAGCUAGCUCUUUCCAAUCAAAAUGGCUUCCUCUUCUGCAAAGACAAAGAUGGUUACUGUGUUGAGCAUUGACGGAGGUGGCAUUAGAGGGAUAAUUCCCAGCACUCUCCUCAGUUUUCUUGAAUCAAAGCUUCAGGAAUUGGACGGACCCAAAGCAAGAAUUGCAGAUUAUUUCGACAUAAUUGCAGGAACAAGUACAGGUGGUCUAGUCACCACCAUGCUUACAGCUCCCAAUAAGGAACACCGUCCCAUGUAUGCUGCAAAGGACCUCAUCAAUUUCUAUUUAGAGCACUCUCCCAAGAUUUUUCCCCAGGACAGAAACACAAAUAUUUUGAGUUCAAUGACAAGCAUGUUGUGUGGUAUGAGGGGACCAAAAUAUGACGGGAAGUACCUGCGGUCAUUGACAAACGAGCUUCUUGGCAACCUAACUCUGAAAGAGACCCUAACAGAUGUGAUUAUACCAAGCUUUGAUAUCAAGCUCCUUCAGCCAGUGAUCUUUUCAACCAAUGAUGCAAAGAAGAAUGAAUGGAAGAACGCUAGGCUAGCAGAUAUUUGCAUUGGUACCUCUGCAGCACCCACUUUUCUUCCAGCACAUUACUUUGAGGUAGAAGAUGCAGAGGGAUAUGUUCGCAGUUUUGAUCUCAUUGAUGGUGGAGUUGCUGCAAAUAAUCCAACGAUGAUGGCCAUAAGCCAGAUUUGGAAAGAAAUUUUGAGGCAUAACAUUGAGUCACAUGACAUAAAACCAAUGGAGUACAGCAAGAGAAUGCUAGUUCUGUCACUGGGAACAGGUGCAGCGAAGCAUGAAGAAAAGUAUGCAGCUGCCACAGCCUCAGAAUGGGGUUUGUUUAAAUGGAUGUAUGACAAUGGUGCAACUCCAUUGCUCGACGUAUAUGGCGAUGCAAGUUCUGAUAUGGUCGACUUUCAUGUGUCCACCUUCUUCCAAGCCCUUGGUUCCAAGAAGAACUACCUUCGUAUUCAGGAUGACACAUUAACAGGAGAUGCCGCAUCAGUUGAUAUUGCCACCCCGGAGAAUCUGCAAAAGCUUGUGGAGAUUGGAGAGGCGCUAUUGAAGAAAUCAGUGUCAAGAGUGAAUUUGGAUACUGGCAGGUUUGAGAAAAUUGGGGGCGAGGGUACUAAUGAAGAAGGUCUUACCUAUUUCGCCAAAUUGCUUGUUGAAGAACACAAGACCCGACAAAAAAAAUGAAAGCACUCGAAGUCUCUCCUUUUGAUCUAAAAUAUUUGGAUUGGAUGCUUUAAUAAGAGUAUUAAUUAGAACUUCAUUUGUGUGUUAGAGCUUGAACAAGCUAGAGAGGGGAUGUUCAAGAGUCUCACAUUGCUUAGGCGUUGGCAUUGGUUUGAUUAUAUGGUACUAGUCUACCUCCUAAGUAUUUCAGUUAUGGCUUGGAUUCUUUGGUAAGAUUAUUAUUACAAAUAUUAUAGAUAUAGGGCUUUCAUAAUGUCUUGUCCUAUUCAUUUUCUGAAAUAAGAGAGGGAAAUUUUGCAA